UGCUUUUGUUUAAAAAUGUGACUUUAAUCAUUAGGACGUCAGAUGUUUUCCGAUUAAGGACGCGCUGUCGAAGGCGGAUAAAGAACAGAGGGAGCCUAUCAUAAGUGUGGCAUGUUUUUGCAAAAACAAUGUUGUUUUUUCGAUUUUACUAAAGCCGAACUAAGAUAUAGCACCAAUGAUUUGACAUGGCGUUGAGUCAUGCUCUAUGAGUCAUGUAUUUUGACCGAUAAUAACACGCGAGUUAAAAACCCCGUAUUUCCAAACGGAGUACGUCACUGCGAGGAGCUAGACUGUAGUUGACUCUCAUCUUUCCCCCAGGAGGCUCUGCUUCCCCAGCCCCUUUGUUCAGUCUAGCCGGUGGGUUGAGUCACAGGGAGGCUGUGCUAACCCAACAAACCCAAACCACCGUGGGAACACCAAGAGACAAGAGUGAGAAGAGGCCGAAAAAAUAGUGAGCCGGGAGUCCAGACUGGAGCUGUUUAAUCAGAGCCAGACAACAAAAAAGUUGUUUUUGAGUGUUGCUGAUGCUGCGUGUCGUUUCGGGGGGAAACCGUCAAGACCCGUGUGCCAGUUUUCGGCUACUAAAACAGCGAUAUAUGUCGACUAUCUCCGCUCUUUGGCUUUAGCUGAAAAAAUGAACCGGCAGGCUAACUGCUAAAGCCAUCACCGGUCUGUUGCUGACACCGUGCAGUUGUUGCCAUCAUCCACGCUGACUCUCCCUUUCAGUUUCUGCUCAGCAUCCAUAUUUGCAUCCCAGGGAGUGGCAACCACUAAUCCCCCUCUCCUGGCAAGAAAAUUGAAAGUUGGCCGGUGGUCGGACACCCCUCGGACGCUCUAAUUUCACACAGAAAGCAGCUAACAUGGAGAGCGACAGCCACCACUCCCACAUCUAGUGCCUGAGCCACAAGCCUUCAUCACCCAGGGAGGAGCUCUCAGGUCCCGGCCGUCUCCCUGCUUCUGUAGAAUGAAUAUGCUCAAGUCCAGUGGACUGAAAAUCCCUGGCCGGGGGCCCAAGCAUUCCAGCCCAGUGGGAAGGACCUCAGCGGGUGGAACCUCCAGCCCUGUCGUCCCUAAAGACAAUGCUCCACUCAAGCCCACCACGCCAACGAAAAUCUCUGAGGAAGGCGACGAUGUUUUGGGGGAUUACACAGUGGGCGAGCAGGUCUGGGUCAACGGUGUCAAACUCGGAGUAAUCGCCUACCUUGGGGAGACCCAGUUUGCCCCCGGACAGUGGGCAGGCGUGAUUCUGAAUGACCUAGUUGGCAAGAACGAUGGGUCAGUGGGUGGCGUGCGCUACUUUGAGUGCCAGCCCCUCCAGGGCAUCUUCACGCGACCCUCCAAGCUCACCCGACAGCCGGUCGGAGAGGGAAGUGACAGCCACUCCACUGACUCCAUCUCUGCCCAGAAUCAGACUCAGCAGGGCGGCAGCGGCGCCCCCCCUGGCCAGCGGGUGGUAGUGCCACUGAGGGAGGGCCUGCUCAACAGUGCAGUGAAAACGGGCAACGAGUCGGGGUCCAACAUGUCUGACAGCGGUUCGGUUAAGAAAGCUGGGGAUAAGGAUCUCCGAGUUGGAGAUCGAGUUUUGGUGGGAGGCUCUAAAAUGGGAGUCAUACGCUACAUGGGAGAGACGGACUUCGCCAAGGGUGAAUGGUGCGGGGUCGAGCUGGAUGAGCCUCUGGGGAAGAAUGAUGGUGCAGUGGCUGGUACAAGAUACUUUCAGUGUCUUCCCAAGUUCGGCCUGUUUGCUCCGAUCCACAAGGUGAUCCGCAUCGGCUUCCCCUCCACCAGCCCGGCCAAGGCCAAGAAGAGCAAGCGCAUGGCCAUGGGGGUUUCCUCUCUGGCCCACAGCCCCAGCAGCUCCUCCAUCAGUUCAGUCAGCUCGGUGGCCUCCUCUGUGGGUGGACGACCGAGCCGAACUGGACUGCUGACAGAGACAUCAUCACGCUACGCCCGCAAGAUCUCUGGCACCACCGCGCUCCAGGAAGCCCUGAAGGAGAAGCAGCAGCACAUCGAGCAGCUGCUGGCCGAGAGGGACCUGGAGCGAGCCGAGAUGGCCAAGGCCACCAGCCACAUCUGUGAGGUGGAGAAGGAGCUGAGCGUCCUCAAGGCGCAGCAUGUGCAGUAUGUAACGGAGAAUGAGGGCAACCUCCAGCAAGUCAGAGCCAUGUUGGCCAGCACACAGAAAGACAAACAGGAACUGGCCAAUCAGCUUGAAGAGGAGAAAAGGAAAGUGGAGGACCUCCAGUUCAGAGUAGAGGAGGAAUCCAUCACCAAAGGAGACCUGGAGACUCAGAGGAAAUUGGAGCGCGCCCAUAUUCGUCAGCUCGAGCAGAGCCUGCUCCACGAAAAGUCGAGAGUAGAGUUGCUUCAGAAAGACUUAGAGAAGAGGAGGCAAACCACUGUUGAGGAGCAGAGUCGUAUCAUGCAGCUGGAGGAGGAGCUCAGCCUCAGGAGAGCUGAGAUCGACAACCUCCAGGCAAAAGUCCGAGGAUCUGACACAAACUCGCAGCAAGCCAACGACAGCGACGCUGCCCCGGGUGCAGACACCCAGUCGGAGACAGCUGUCCCGCACAAGCAGCCGGUGUCUGCGGGCCACGAGCACUACAAGGAGAGCAGCGAGCUUAAAGAGAAGUACGAGGCGGCCUUAGCAGCGAGCCAGCAGGAGAUCGAGUCGCUGAAGGCGUUGGUGGAUAAUAAGAACCAGGAGGUCAGUGAGAUGAAGCAGAAAGUUCAACAGGCCACCAAGGAAAACAUGGAAAUGAUGGACACCUGGAAGGGUAAAUUUGACACUUUAGUGGUCGACCACCAGCGUUCUUUGGAGGAACUGAAAGCCUCAUUGAGUAGCGGUCAUACCACUCCAGCAGGCCAAGAGCAGGACGUCCAGGAGCUGCGAGCCGCUCUGGAGAGUCUGAAGAUGGAGCACCAGCUGGAGGUGGAGAACCUCAAAGCCAAACAUAAGAUCGAAGCCGCCAUUCUGACCAAGGAGCGUGAAGACUUCUACACUCGUCUUCACGAGGCCAAAGACCAGCUGGCCGAGGGCAACCAGACGUGGAGGACCGAGGCGGAGGCAAAAAGCAGUAAGCAGGCCCUGGAGGAGGCCACCGAUAAGCUACAGAAGGCGGAGCAGAGGCUGGCGGAGGUGGAGAAGCUCCGGAUGGAGCAGGACAGAAGCACAGAGGAGCUGAGAGAGAGACUGGAGCUGUCAGAGAAGAAGAUGACGGACUAUCAGGCUCUGCAGAAGGCCCAGGCCGAGAGCCAAGAGGAGAUCCAGAAACUGGAGGAGAAGCUGAGGGUGACGGCGAACCAGCUUCAGGCCAUCCAGGCAGACCGCUACACGUCCCAUGAUGCAAAUGUGAUAGAGGAUAAUGAAAUUUCAGAUGAGAAGAUGAAGCUAAAACAGAAUAUCGAAGAAACAAUGGAGAAGCUGUUGAAAAGGGAAAAAGAGGUUUCGACUCUCACUUCGCAGGUUGAAGCCCUCAAAUCCCAGAUGGGAGCACUGGAGGGCAAAGUUCGCUCAGGGGAAAAGAAAGCAGAAACCCUGGCCAAGGAGAAGAUGCGUGUGGAGGCAGAGCUGGAGUCCAUGACCAAGAAGUCCCACGAUGCCUCUGGGCAGCUGGUCAAUAUUAGCCAGGAGCUGCUGAAAAAAGAGAGGAGUCUGAAUGAACUGAGGGUUUUACUCCUGGAAUCACAUCGCCAUUCACGUGACAUGGAGAAAGAUCUGAACCGAGAAGUGCACAAAGCCGAGUGGAAGCUCAAAGAGCAGAAACUUCAGGAAGACAUAAAAACCCUGCGUGAAAAGUUGCUUCUGCUGGGUCGGGAACGGUCCUCGCCUGACCACCGGCGGUACUCCAUGCUGGACCCCUCUGUUCUGGACUCAGAGGUGAACCGCCUUCGCCAGCGGCUGCUCAGCACUGAGGACGCCCUGAGGAACGCCAUGGAGCACAACCAGCAGGUCGACCAGCUGGUUCAGGCCAUGCGCAGGCAUCCAGAUAAAAGCCCGGUGCAUGGUGCAAAUUCAGCCAAUGGAAUUCAUCAUCAGGAGUCAGGCAGUACUGGAGAUGUUGGAACAACACUGAUAUGAGCAGAAGAGAUAAGACUGAACUGGGACACGCAGAGGCACAUCUUAAAGAAAAGCUCGACCUCCUGAUCCUGCGACGGACGCCCGAAGAACAUUUCAGUUUACAGUUAAUACCAAAACAGCGAAUCUCUAUCUCAAGUGAAUUUAUGUGUUGUUGCAGAAAGCACCUAUUAGCCAAUCAUGAAGACCGCUUAAAGUACUAUAAAAUAUAAACAGGAAAUGGGACAUGGACAUGAAGAGAUAUUAUCGGUACAACUGCUGAGAACAUACAGUAUGGCAACUUUUGAUGCUUUACAGUAGUUAGAAAAUUUCAAUCUGCGAGUUGCCGGGGACUCUGUGACAAUUAUUCAUUUCGAACCGGAUGGCGAAACGGCUGAUGGACGAAGAUGCGAAGAACUAAAGAACUGGGUCUCAGUCGAUUUGUUUGUUUUAUUUAUUACUUUGCUCCUCAGCUUUGUUAUAAUCCUUCAUGGGUGAGCUGUCUUGGCCAGUGAUACUCAGAACAACUCUUCAAGGAAGACUUACUUAUUUUUAGGAAGUUUGGCUCAGUUGUUACUUUACUUCAUACCCGAUGAGAGAUUUGGAAGGAAACUCAUAACAGCCAGCUCUGUCCAGUGUUCAUGCUCCCCCUUUAGUGUAUAAUAUGAGUAAAUGUGGGUGAUUGCCGUUAAUGGAAGUAUUAAAAAAGACCUUUAAUACUUCCCAAAAA